UGUUCACAAACGGAAUGAAGGCACUCGGCAUGACACUGCAACAAGCAAUGGAGGGGAACUGCAGAGCCAUCGUGAUUUACAUCAGCAGCAGAGUACCAAUCAACAGCAGAGCACCACAGAACCAAAUAAAAAUUCUAAAACUAACAGUAGAGGAAUUUGUUAUUGGUCCCUACGGUUAUUUUGUAACAAACUCAACUGUUUUUAUUCUUUUACAUCAUGUAUAAAUACCGUCUGCUAUGGACAAAUUCAUUAAUGAACAAAGAUUUCCAGAAACAUGUUUCUCCUUUUAACAUGGUAUCGAGAGUCUUCACACCAUAGUCUUUCUGAUCCAUGGCCUCUUCUUCCGAGUCUCCUCCUCCUCCUCCUCCUCCCCCUCCUCCUCCUCCCACCUUAUCUGCCUUCUCACACAUAAUCUCCACCAAACUUACCAACGACAAUUACCUUCUAUGGAAGGUAAAAAUCUCGGCUUAUCUCAGAGUCCAAGACCUCUUUGGUUAUGUCGAUGGUUCUCUUCCCCCACCCCCUGAAACCAUCAUUAAAUCCUCCACUUCCAUAAACAAAGCCAACCCCUCUUUUCUUUCGUGGAAGCGCACGGUCCAACUUGUAUUUUGUUAGUUUCUAGAAUUUGUAUUUGGUUGUGUGGUGCCCUGCUGAUGUAAAUCACGAUGGCUCUGCAGUUGCCCUCCAUUGCUUGUUGCAGUGUCAUGCCGAGUGCCUUCAUUCCGUUUGUGAAAAGGUGGCAUAGAAUCAUCUAUUUCAAUAAGGGGGCAUGGUGAGUACAGGUGGGAGUGGACCCUUCGGGAAAGUGAAAACAGAGUCGUCGGAUUGGGCCGAUAUGGUUGACAGGUUUCAGAAGUCGGCGCUUGAUUCACGGCUUGGGAUACCUUUAAUAUAUGGGAUUGAUGCGAUUCAUGGUAACAAUAGUAUCUAUGGUGCCACCAUAUUUCCUCACAAUGUUGGCCUUGGAGCUACAAGGGAUGCAGAUUUGGCUCAAAAGAUUGGGGAAGCGACGGCACUUGAAGUUAGGGCUAGCGGCAUUCAUUAUACUUUUGCUCCUUGUGUGGCUGUUUCAAGGGAUCCCAGAUGGGGGAGGUGCUAUGAAAGUUACAGUGAAGACACUGUGAUUGUUAGAAAGAUGACUUCCAUUGUCACAGGGCUGCAGGGCCAGCCACCCCCAAAACACCCAAAGGGCUACCCUUUUGUGGCUGGGAGAAAAAAUGUUAUUGCUUGUGCCAAGCAUUUUGUAGGGGAUGGGGGUACAGAUGGGGGAAUAAAUGAGGGGAAUACCAUAUUAUCAUACGAGGAAUUAGAAAGGAUACAUAUGGCACCUUAUCUGGACUGUAUAUCUCGGGGAGUUUCCACUAUUAUGGCAUCCUAUUCUAGCUGGAAUGGGCGUAAACUGCAUGCUGACCAUUUUCUCUUGACAGAAGUUUUAAAAGAUAAGCUUGGUUUUAAGGGUGUUGUAAUUUCUGACUGGAGAGGACUUGACAGACUUAGCGAACCUCGUGGCUCAAACUAUCGUUACUGUAUUUCCUCUGCAAUUAAUGCUGGAAUAGACAUGGUGAUGGUGCCUUACAGAUACAAACUGUUUGUGGAGGAUUUGACAUCUCUGGUUGAAUCAGGGGAGGUCCAAAUGGCAAGGAUCGAUGAUGCUAUUGAACGGAUACUUAGAGUGAAGUUUGCUGCCAGUGUUUUUGAAUUCCCUUUCGCGAAUAGAUCUCUGCUUGAUACAGUUGGAUGCAAGCUGCACAGAGAUUUAGCACGUGAAGCAGUCCGCAAGUCUUUGGUUCUUUUGAAAAAUGGAAAGGAUCUGAAGAACCCUUUUCUUCCAUUGGAUAGAAAUGCGAAAAGAAUUCUUGUUGCUGGGACACAUGCUAAUGAUCUUGGAUAUCAGUGUGGAGGGUGGACAGCUGAUUGGAAAGGAAGCAGCGGCAACAUUGCAAUUGGUACAACUAUAUUGGAUGCAAUUAAAGAAGCAGUUGGAGAUGAAACAGAAGUAGUUUAUGAGCAAUAUCCAUCGACAGAAACCUUAGCACGUCGGGAUUUCUCUUAUGCAGUUGUAGCUGUUGGGGAAGAACCCUAUGCAGAGACACUUGGUGACAAUUCGGAGCUUGUAAUCCCUUUUGAUGGAGUUGACUUAUUAAGUUCAGUUGCUGGCUGUUUCCCCACUUUGGCAAUUCUGAUAUCUGGAAGACCCUUAGUUCUUGAGCCAUGGCUUUUGGAGAAGAUAGAUGCUCUGAUUGCUGCUUGGUUGCCUGGAAGUGAAGGAGGAGGAAUUGCAGAUGUUGUCUUUGGGGAUCAUGACUUUGAGGGCAAACUGCCAGUGACAUGGUUUAAAAGGGUCGAGCAGCUACCCUUGCAUGCUGAAAUGAAUGCAUAUGACCCUUUAUUCUCACUAGGCUUUGGGUUGACAUGCAACAAGGAGAAAUCUCCAAACUGAUAAAGUUAGUUCAUAUAUCUAUACAUACAUAUAUAUAUGAUAUAUAUAUAUAUAUACUAGGUGGGAGUAACGUGCAAAGCACGUUUGUCUAA